UCAGAUAAAAAUGGAAUGGCUCUUGUGUUGUGAUUUGUGAGAUUAUCAAAUAAAUCCAAUAAUUCAGUCGUCAAGACAAAGUUUUUUUAAGUGAGAUGAUAAAAACAUUCAACAUCACGAAUGUGUAUGGAAAUGAAUUUACAAACUUUAUUUCAGGAUUUUAAUCCUAGCAAAUUCGUGGUGCACAGCUGUUUACUAAUAUUUACAGCAUUAUUAGCUUUAAAGUUAGAUAACUCGAUAACAUGGUCUUACUGGGCCGUGUUUACGCCAAUAUGGGUGUGGAAAUUCCUAGUAGUUCUUGGAGCCACAGUUGGCACAUAUGUUUGGUGGCAGUACCCUCACUUCAGGUUGGAGGGUGAGGCGUACAUUCACUACAAAGCUAUGCUCAUAAGUCUUGCCAUUCACCUUAUACUGCUGAUGUUUGAAUUACUCGUCUGUGACCAGUUGACCACGGGCCGCCAUGUCUGGAUACUGGUCUUUAUACCACUUAUCUUUAUAAGCAUAGUCUCCAUUGCCAUCUGUAUAUGGUCUGUGAAACAUGACCGCAGCUAUGAGUUGGAACUAUUUUGUGCUGUAAAUAUACUCCAGUUCAUAUUCUUAGCGCUGAAGUUGGACGAGUUCAUCAGCUGGUCGUGGGAGGUGGUGUUUGUGCCUCUGUGGAUAUUGAUGUGCCUCAGUCUAGUAGGGGUCUUGUACAGCAUAAUAUUCGCUGGGAUCCUACUCCGCACUCCCGAGGUCAACAUUCAGCAGCGACGGACUAGUUUCAACUCUGCUCUCGCUUACACAUUCACGGUCAUACCUAUAUUGGUGUUCCAGGUGCUAUUAACAAACAGGUUGGACGAUGGACUUCCACUAUCAUACAUGGUGGUCGUCAGCCCGCUGUUCGUCAGCUACGCGACCCUCAUCAUCAUGUCGUUUAGCUCCAAGGGCGGUAAUAAAUGGUGGUUCGGUAUCAGAAAAGAUUUCUGCCAGUUCCUUCUAUCAGUAUUCCCAUUACUGCAAGAGUAUGCAAAUAUCGCGUACAACAAUAAUGCGAAUAGAGGUGCCAACGUGGUGCCCAGCGAACCACCGGAACCUUACCGCGACGAGGAAACUCACAAGAAGGUCAAAGAGAGCAAAAAGUCACAGAAAAAUCAAAAGAAGAAUGAAUUCAUGAAACCAGUAGUGCCUAUUACGAGUAUAGACAUGCCAGAUUGAUGCUUAGCUUGGUAAGUGCUGAAAUGUGUGUUCACUCGUUAGACGAUACCUUCUGUAAUCGGGCUUCUAAAUAUGACAAUGAAGCAAUAUUAAACAUUGUUAAGUUUGAUAUUAGGGCUAAGCUACACGUUCCGUGUUUAGGUUAAAUUAGAAAAAAGAUAUUACAUUGUGUACAUUAUUUUUUAUUGUUAUUUCUAUGUAGGCUAAUUCAUUGAUGUUUAUUAUAGUACAGUUUAUUUGUUGCUAUGUUUCAACCGGCCUUAUUAAGUUUUGUGUCGUUUAAUUGCCCUACAUUCAAGUUUUUGUAAUACCAAAUACCUACCAUUAUUUUACUCUUACUUGUUUCUGGAUCAAUAAAAUAAGAUUUUUACAUAGACAAUACUGAAUAUUGAUGAAUUAUUUUGGUAUAGUAUUUUUUUGCAACAUGAUGUAAAAGUGAUAAAAUUUCAAAGUAUUUUUAUAGGAGGUACCUGUGAAUUAAUCUCUUAUUUAAUGAAGUGGCUUUAGUAUUAAACCUGGCAGGUAAUGGUGAUAAUUGUUAGUCAUAUCAAAAUAAGCAAUCUUGCUGUGUAGCGUCUAGUAUUGUUGGUUCUCGUCACACUUACGUCUUCUAUCAUAUUAUCCAAGUUUUAAAUCAUAUUUUGCCAUUAUUUUUAGAUGCUAAAAUAUCAAGUCUCAACUUUUAGGCGUACGAAUUAAUAUUUAUUUCGCAAUUAUGUGCUUAGGUAAUUUUUUGUAGGAUUAAUUUUAUUUUAAACUGAUGGGCAUGGAAAUAUACUUAACAAUGUAAGCGUGCUUGCUUUGCAGGCACUAGUAGGCGGACGAUUUGUCGUUAUGACAAUACAUAAUAUAAGAUUUAUCAUUCAACUGGUCCUAGAAAUUAACUAGAACAAAAAAAUAAAAAUAGCAUUACUACAAAUUGACGGUGAAAGUUUUUUAGAGUUCAUAUAUCCCAUAUAGCCACUAUCGUUAUAAAUGUUUGGCGUUUACCAGAUAGCUUAUUUCUGAGUAGUAAAUUAAAUAGCGAAUUUAACAAAAAAUAUAAACUUAGCAAUAAUAUUAAAGAGAUUGAAUUUGAAUUUUCCUAAACUUGUAAACGCUCUUACUUCUUAUUGCGUUAAAUAAAAAAGUUAUCAAAAAAUAUUUCAAAGGCUAUGCGGCAUGGUAGGGUAUUAUUGACGUAAAAUGACGUCAGUCAGACGGUAGGUAGACGUCACAAAUAUUGCCACGUCAUAAGGCUUUAAUGACAACUCAAUUUUUUUUAGUACAACACUAGUUGACCAUAAAUCUGAUGCCAUUACUUUUUUUUGUGUGCUUUACUUUUGAUUUGGGCUUAGCUGUUUCAGUAUGAACUCUCAUCAAGUUUUAAUUGAAAGAAUGCUUCCAUAAUGCAAUUUUAAAUCAUCUCGAAGUUGUAAUCUUUGUGUUAGGUGACUUGGUUCACUUCGAGUGUUUCAAGGUGUAAAAUUGUCUUAGUCUUGCCAGAUUUCAAUUGUGACUAAGGCUAAAAACAAAAGCACAAAUAAUUAUUCUGGCUCAACAUUCAACAUUCUACCUAAAAUACAGAUAAAUUCUACCUAUAAUAAAAUCGAAGUGAUUAGCUGGAAAAUAUUCUGAAAGUGAUUUAAAUUUUUUGUCAACGCUAAGAAGCCUGAUAGAUCAAGUAAGGAAUUUAAUGCUAUCUUCCAGACACCCUUUUAAUGGAGAGGAAUGAUUAAAUCGCUAAGUAAAUUCGUGACAAAAAUAAACAGAGAAAGUAUUGCAAUUCGUGGGAUCUCGAAUUUAUCAAGUUAUUCAUUUAAAACAAAAUAAUGUGUGCUAUCAUUAUUUCUGUAGUUGUACUAACUCUGAUUCUUAACGUAUUGAGUAAAAGUACCAAUACAUUGUAUGGUAUCUUGUCAGACAUACACUAAUAAAGAAUUUAUGUAGCGUUAAAUUGCAAAAAAAUACAAAAAAAAAAUACAUAUCUUUUGAUGAAGGAAUUGCUAUAAAUAAUGUAGUAUAUAUAAUAACUGAUAUUUAUCAGUUAACAUCUUAAAGUGUUAUAUUAUUUGUAAUUCAAUAACAAAAAUCCCUUGAUGUCACUAAAUAAUUAAUGCGAACUAAAUGACCGGUUUAAAAGUACAACUAACGUGAUAUAAACCCAUCUGUGUUGUAUGAAAAAUGCCAUAAUAUUUUCACUUUGUGGCGAUAGUGACACCCAGAAUGGUACCGCUCACGCACCACUCUAUGAUUUAUUGCCGCCAAGCUUUUGUUUUUUUUUUUCGGCUAAAAGGGUAUGUUUUAUGGGAAAAAAUGUUGAUCGUAUCAGAGAAAAAAUAAAUAAAAAUGUGCUAAUAUAAAAAAGUCUCUGAUAAAAUAACACCAAGUAAUAAGUAAGAAUGAAAUUAACCCAAGCCGAUCGUAGCGUGUCUGACAAGAAUAACACUGUGUAUUACACAAUAAUUAUGUGUAAUGUAUACUUAUUUCCAAAUUCAGGAGGAAAUAAACCAUUUACAAAGAAAUAAAAAUGUCGGUCUUGCCGCGUCAAUGAAAAGCUAAAGUAUUUUGUACUAAAAGCUUUAUGUACUAACUUUGUACCUAAUGAAAUAACAUAGUUACAUGCAAUAACCGUUAUGCUGUACGUACAGGGCUAUCUAUAAAUUAUGUUACUGUGAUACUCUCUUCCUAUGAUGUCGCAAUACGCAAUAUCGUUCGAACAAUUACCUGAAUAUUUUGUUAAUAAUAAUGUUUGUUUAUAUUGUUUCGCAAAUUAUUAAAAAUACUUCUACAUCAACUGUA